AUGCAGCAACCGAGGAGAAGAUCCGUGUUGGAUGGCCGACAUGUGGCCGGCCUAAGUGACUCGGGAUCGUCGUCCUCCCGAAGUCUUGGCGGCCAGGAACCUGACGAAGAGAAGAAAGACGAGGACAAGAAGGACGAAGAGAAGAAGGAAGGCAGUAAGCAGGAAGCCCCAAAAGAAGGCGAUAAAAAAGAAGGUUCACAAGAGCCAGUCAAGGAAGAGGAAAAGAAAGGCAGCAAAGAAAAAGCGGAGGCACCUGGUGAGAAGAAGGACGAAGAGAAGCCGGAAUCAAAGGAAGGUGAGAAGAAAGGCAGCAAAGAGCAGGAGCCUCCAAAGGAGGAGGAACUGAAACCAGACAAGACUCAAGUACCAGGUCUGGUUUCAGGAUCUAAGGAGCCAGAAAAGAAAGACGAAGAAAAGAAAGACGAAGAAAAGAAAGACGAAGAGAAGAAGGAAGGCGAGAAAGGCGAGAAGAGCGGAACAUCAACGGUCAGUCUUUUGUGA